GGCGGCUGUUGCGAUCCUGCCCUGUCCUGCCGCCCUACCCUGCUUCACCUGCCCUGCUGCCCUGCCCUGCAGCACCUGCCCUGCUGCUCUGCCCUGCUGCCAGCCCUGCCCUGCUGCCAGCCCUGCCCUGCCCUGCGCUGCCCUGCUGCCGCCCUACCCUCGUGUGGCCCUCUGAGCUGCUUGCAAUGUUAUGUGCCAUGUAUUAUUCCAUGUCGAUUGGCUUGCUGCCCGCCAUGUGGUGCUUGUUAUGUGCCCUGUAGUAUUCCAUGUCGAUUGGCUUGCUGCCCGCCAUGUGGUGCUGGUUAUGUGCCCUGUAGUAUUCCAUGUCGAUUGGCUUGCUGCCCGCCAUGUGGUGCUUGUUGUGUGCCCUCGAUGCGCGAAUGUGUUUUGCUGGCUGGCUAUGCUGGCAGGGCCCCCUGA